ACUUGUUCGCUUCCUACUUAUCAUUGCGUGAGAAAAGAUGAUGUAAAUUAAAUGCGGUAUUGGUAUUGCAAAGAAUUUGGUGUUGACGUUGAGCGAAACAUAUAUUUUUUUGAAUCCUUAAUUCGUCGUGAUUGUUCGAAUGAGUAAUUUAACGUUACGUGAUAAAAUACACAACAAUAUUCGAUUAUCUCGCUAAUAAUUUUACUGGUAGAAGACAGAGCUUUAAUACCUGUAUUCAAGAAACCAUUUCAUUGAUGAACUCCAGUCGUAAAAAUCGUAAAUCAAAGAGAAAAGACAUCGCAAUUCCACACAGCAACGAUCCAAAUACAUCAUCUCACGAAAUGAAGAACGACGAUGUUGCCGUGUGUAAUACUUUUGUGGUUGAGAAUAAGUGCCAUACUCAUUGUAAAGUGAAUUAUUGUAAUUUCAUGUGGACUAUUGAUCAAUAUUCCGAGUAUCAUCUUCGUAGAUCAACUUGUCUAAAAUCUUCUUAUUUUAAGGCCGCCGGUAAUGACGAAUACACAUGGCGUUUGGAGCUGUCUGAGCCUGACCAGGACAAAAAGGUCCACAUAUGUUUGUAUUUACACUGCGAUGACACAUUGGGUGAAGAAGUUUUGGUGAAAGAAAGAAUGUGUGUCAUUGACAGUAAAGGAGAAGAAACAAACAUUCGUCAAUCAGACAAAUACGAAAACUUUGAACAUGAAGAAACCAGAACGUACUACUUACAGCUUAUUGACUUUUUAAAUGGAGAUGAUUUAUUGAAGGAGAAUAAUUCAAUAUUGAUGGACGGCGCAUUGACUAUUUUCUGCGAGUUUCAUUUCAUUUCCCCAGCAUCGAUUUCUACGAAAUGUUCUAAUGAUAAAUCAGCAGUAUUGUUCAACGCUCGUGAUGAACACGAUUUUUCUCAAGAUAUAGAACGUCUAUUUGGUGAAGAAGAUUUUUCAGACUUUACGGUAACAGUUGGUGAUGAGCAAUUUCGCGUUCAUAGAAAUAUACUCGCAGCUCGAAGCCCGGUUUUCGCAGCGAUGCUCAAACACAACAUGAAAGAACAAAACCAGAAUUGUUUGAAAAUUACUGAUAUGGAUCGAAGUGUAUUUAAAGAAAUGUUACGAUAUAUUUAUACCGGAAAAUCAUCCAAAUUAAAUGAAAUGGCUUUCGAUUUAUUGCCAGCGGCAGAUAAAUACGAUUUGAAAGGACUGAAGAUCAAGUGUGAGCGCCACUUGGUGAACAAGUUAUCCGUGGAAAAUGCAGCGGAUUGUUUGGUAUUGGCGGAUUUGCAUGGCGCAGCAUUGCUGAGGAAACAAGCCCUUCAAUUCAUCCGAUUUAAUGCUGAAGCUAUCAAGAAAAAAGAAAACUGGUUGAAAGUAGCGCAUUCAGGUGUUUUGUUGGAUGAUGUAUUCGAUACUCUGUUUCCGUAGGUGAUUUGAAUAAAUAAUUCUGGCACCCGCUCAGCUUGAAAUUUAAUGGUUUUGGCAGAAAUAAAUAUUUUAAUAAGGCCUUAA